AUGCGCAUCCGCGAAGACACCGCGCACUAUCUUCUCCACCUGGACGACGACGCCGCGUACUACGGUCCCUUUCCCUUCUUCUCUUUCUCACUCCCAGACCCGCGAACGCGCAGCAUGCGCGGCGGCCAGGCCGAGUUCGCGCAGAAGCGCUCGGACUACGCGGGAGAGAGCUUCGUUCGCGCGUCGAGCGAGGUGCAGGACUUCCGCCGGACGCAGCAGUUCGCGUGGGAGGCGAGCCAGAAGGGCAGCAGCGUGCACGUGGAGGCGCAGCCGACGGCGACGGCGCUGCUGCAGAGGCAGGUGGAGGAGCGGAAGCGCGAGCUGGAGGAAAUGCGGCGGAAGAAGCUGGAGAUGCGCUAUGGGAUCAACGCCGAGAUGAUGAAGAAGAGCGAGAAAAACCAGCCGGAAGUGAGGGAUGAUGAGAAUUAUGUGGAGUACGAUCGACAGGGGAAGGUGGUGAGGGGGCUGCCGCAGGCAAUUCCGAAGUCGAAGUACGAGGAAGAUUUGUUCCCGGGGAACCACUCCAGUGUGUGGGGGUCGUGGUACAAUCGGGAGGAGGAGAAGUGGGGCUAUGCGUGCUGUCAUCAGUGCGUGAAGAAUGCGUAUUGUCUGGCCGAUCAGGCAUAGUUGGCUUGAU